UACACGGGGUCGUCAGGAAAUCGUGAUCAAAAGGCGAAGUCGUCGCGAUUUACCGUCUCAUUACACCGUCUUCUGACCUGGCCGAAGCGGUCUGUCAACGGGAGAAGGCGGGAGGCGCCCCGUCAGACUGAGUUGGACGAUUCUGUCAACCUGCCAUCUUGUCAAUGUCCUCGUAAAAGUUGAACAGUCGCUCUGCUUAAAACCGUCUGGAAACUUUCAAGAAUGAAGACUUUUCAACUUGUGGUUGUCUUCGUGGUUUUCUGUGCAGGUUUGUCGUACAGCAAGUAUCUGCGGAGGGCGUCCAAACUGCAAGAAACGGGCUAUCCACUGGGUCACUACCAGGAGGCGCUGAGAACGCAUGACGAUUGGACGACGCAGGGGGCUGCCGUGGUGGUUGUCGGGAAACGCGUGACACAGGAGGACAACACGAUAGACAACAAUGCGAUUCACCAUCGACGGAAAAGAAAAGCCAUCCGGAGCCCGCACAUGCGGUGGCCACAUGGCAUCAUUCCAUACACUUUUGAUGUUACAUUCAGUAGCUAUGACCAGAGUAUAGUGAUCAAAGCCAUGAGACACUGGGAGGAACACACGUGUCUAAAAUUCGUGGCCCUGGGGAGCCCACAGGCCAGACAUCUGCCCACAGACAACUACAUCAAGUUUGUCAAGGAUAGGGGCUGUUGGAGCAAGGUGGGCAUGUUCUGGUGGACCGCUGAACAGAAGCUUUCGCUUGGCAACGAAUGUUUACAGAGCAAAUACGCGGUCGCCAUUGCUGUUCACGAAAUGGGACACGCCAUUGGGUUUUUCCAUGAGCAUGCGCGACCGGAUCGAAACAAUUACGUCACGAUACAAUGGGACAAUAUACGCUGGGGAAGGUAUCGCCACUUCUUCCGUUUCGGCUACAACAUGAUUGACACGUUUGAUGUCCCUUACGACUACCUGUCCAUCAUGCACUACGCAGAUAAUGAAUUUUCCUGGAAUGCGCACACCUUGCGCACGAUAGAGACACGUGACCCUGCCUACCAGAACAUCAUCGGACAGAGGAUCUCCUUGUCAUUCCUGGACAUCAAAAUGACCAAUCAGAUGUACAACUGUGCAGCGCGCUGCCCUUCGUACGUGAGGUGUACCAAGCCCAACAGUUUCGUGGGACCGACGUGCCGGUGUAUGUGUCCCGGGUACCACGGGCUUGGCACAACCGAGUGUCCGCACGAGUCCACACAGAUCGUGCACGGGUACGGCCCACACAGGCACAGACUAGACUGUUACCAAGGUAACGGGAACAGGUACAGAGGUUCCCGCAGCUGGACGCGGAGCGGCCACGCCUGUCUGAACUGGUCCAACACGCUGGAUCGUGACGUGUCCACCCUGUCGUACCCGCACGGCUCUGCAGGGAUAGGAAACCACAAUUUCUGCCGGAACCCGUACCCGGGCAGCCCGCAGCCCUGGUGCUACGUGGGGGAUAUACGGAUCUUCUGGGAGUACUGCGAAAUACCUCGAUGUGAUUAUUAAUAAAAGAUGUCACUAGAGCAAGCACAUUAGAAACGUACUGCGAAGCCCGGAUAUUUCAUGUUUCUCGUUAGAUGUUUGGUCAAAGUUGCUUCAAAAGACGAUAUCUUUUUUGACACAACAUUGAAAACUAGACGGUUUGUUAUCCUUAAUUAGGCGAAUACGACCUUAAAUGAGACGUUCUCCGAACUGCUUUGCACGAUACGGGUUUCGCGUAGGUGCAGUACGUUCUGCCGAUGUGCUGCUUAGUGUGACCUCAAUGUUCACUUUCUAGCCAAUAUCUGUGUGAUGUUCUCUCCUAUCAAGUUCUUGUCUGUAUCUAUUAUAAUUACCACAGGGCAUUGGUUUAUUAUAUACCGUGUAUAUAUAAUGUGUAGCCUAAGGCUAUUGACAGGAUCAUCUUGUAAAUAACAAACAAAUGCACUAUCGACGGGAUUAUCCUGUCAGUAGUACACUAUAUACAAGAUCUUUACAAUGCUUUGUUAGCAAUGCUAAUGGUUGAAAACCUGUGUUUGUUGGCGUGCGUCUACGGCAGCGACGGACUUGGUGUGGCACCGGUGGUCGAGACGAGUGGACCGCUC